AUGGUCUCGUUCAAGACCUGGCUCCCGUGGCGACGCCUGGAGGGAGCGCAGCUUGCACUAUGUGCGUACUUGUUCCUCAAAGGCGCUGUGGUCGCGUUCAUCUUUUCAUGGAAUGUUACUGGCGCGCUCUAUAUGCUGUCUGGUUUGACUGGAUUCACGCCCGCGUUACUUUUUUUGGUUCCGCUCGGGUGUCGCGAAGUAUGGAAGCUUUAUGCUUUCUGUGGGUUCCGCUACUGCGAUGGCCCUCGUCGCUUGAUCCUUGGCUGGAUUAUGAAUACGCUGCUGACGACCCCGCUUUCUACCGGUUUAUUGCUCUACACCAGUCAGUGGGCGCGAACUGCGGCGCGCAGAACCCUGCCGGCCCCGGUGCCGCAAGCUCCUCGCGGACGCGCUGCUGUCACAGCCUACGGGCGAAGGCGAGCGCGUCUUGAGGCAUCCUUACACCGGAUGCUCCAGGUUUUACUCGCCUGGCUUGUGGGUGUCGACGUGCGGACUCUGGUCUGUAGCAUCAACUUUUUCACCCGCGACGAGGAGGUACGCUGGAUCGAGCAAAUCGGGAAGCGCGCAGUUCCCGAGUCCCUCAUUGUUCCACAGGGCGUUGGUCGUACAAUGGGGGCUGCUGAGAUCUUUCUUGAAUUAUCGCGUAGUUUUUAUGGAUUGCCAUUGUCGUAG